GAUCGCACAACGACUAUACCUCAGCUAAGCUAAGAAUGAAGUGAAUAAUCAAUGCAAUAAACGUUGGGUAGUUAGAUAGCAUUUAGUUAAUAUAACGUUCCAGGAAAGUCCGAUGUAUUAGUAGCCAACUAACAUUAUGUUAAGUAACUAGCUAACAUACUGCUGUAAUGAUAUGCUAUGGGGUUCGUAAGGAUAGCGUAACUAACAAAAUGUUAGCCAACAUAACGUGUAACGUAACUUAUUUGAAAAGUCAUUACUUUAUUACAUUGCUCAACAUUUUCUUAACAUUUGUCAUAAUUAGUUAAAGCAAUGAAUUUGUAUCCACUCUCGUCGGGACUUCGGCUGCAUAUUUUCCGCCAUUUACUUCAAAUCUGGAAAAGUUGUGAAGCCACGCCCAUUUUUGAAGAAUUGCAUUAUGGACUCUAAAAGCACGUAAAUAGUGUCAACUGCUUGUAUUUUCGUAUUAUGGCGAAUUGAGUACGACAUCCGGGAACUUUUGGCAUACUAACUAUAUCCAUACUACGACCAAUAAGCAUACUACAUGAUCAAUUUACGUCACAAAUAGUAUGGUUAAUGCAAUUAGUAUGAGUAUUCUAACACAGCUAUGGUAUCAAUAACAAGCUGAAAGGAGCCACACGAUUCCCAACAUGGCAGUUUCUUGUCAUUCUUCUGCCCUAUGGAUGUGCUCACAUCAUUUUUGUGAUGUUGUCAGCCAACCCAUCUUUUACCAACGCAGCAUUGUAAACACAUCGUGUCCGGUGUUGCCUGUGUGGGGCCUCACACUCCCUCUUCCCGCUGUACUGAUGAUUGUUGUUGGUCUUUACAUGAUUUUCCUUGCAAUGGCAUUAUGGUUCCGCCAAUGCCUCAAGGAACAGUGUUCUCCUGAGUGUGGUGACUGCUGUCCAAAUAUCGCCCCAUUCGAUUACUGUUUAGCAUGUGCAGAGUCGUGCAACUGUCGCAUGCCAUCACUGCGCUCGUGCCUCGACCAGACCUGCCCCUCUACCUGCCCCUCUCUUCCUAAUUGUAACAUGUGGGACUGUGCUUGCACCUGCCAACCCCCAGCAUGUGAGUCCUUCAACUGCCUCUGCUUCGAGAUCAAGUUCAGAUAGAGGGAGAAACGGAGGAGUGGUAGGAUGAAUGAUGAAUCCUAACUCAAGACGCACAGCAUUUUUGCAUAUUCACACAUUGAUGUUAAUGGACAAUUUGUGCAUCCCUAGAGAAAUGGAAAGGGAAGACGGGGGGUGGGUUACUGUGUUUAUGUAUCAAUAUGAAAAUACAAUCUGAAUCCUUCUAACACACAGCCUUAAAGUGAAAGUCUACAACCAGUUUAUGGAUAGUUGUGCCAUAUGUGUCCAAGGGAGAGCAACAUUAUCAGAGUGCUAUUACAAUAUAGGGCAUCUACUUUCAUUGCAGCACAAGUACAAUUCUGUGCCUCUGCAGCAAUCCAAUACACUCAUUGUGCAAAACAUUAAGCUCACCUGCCUAAUAUCGAGUUGCACCUCCCCUUUUGCCCUCAGAAAACCUUAAAUUCAUCAGGGCAUGGUCUCUAUAUGGUGUCAAAAUCGUUCCACAGGGAUGCUGGCCCAUGUUGACUCUAAUGCUUCCCACAGAUUGUGUCAAGUUGG